CUUGACAAACGAGCUGGCGAGAGAGGAACCGCUACACUACACGUCUCGUCAACUUCGUAGAUCCACACACACACGCACACACACACACACGCACACACAAAGGGCGUUGAAGAACCUGCGACGAUGGGUGUGAGGCUGUACUACACCACCGUUACUGCUUCACGGACGGUGAAGUCUCAGCAGGCAGAGGUGAUUCGGAUCCUCGACAGUAAAAGCAUCAAGUAUGAGCUCGUCGACAUCUCUCUCGAUGAGCAGCUGCGCAGCGAAAUGAGGAGCAAGGCGGGCGACCCGAAGGCCGCCCCUCCCCUGCUUUUCAAUGAAGGCGACUACUGUGGGAACUAUGAAAUGUUUUCGGACGCAGUGGAAGCAGACACGGUGGAACAGCUUCUGAAACUGGCAUGAGGAGGGUCAUGAGAGUGAUUCCCCGUCUUAACCCCACCCACUCACCCACACUGUGCCCUAAUGGCAGCCCUAUCUCCACCCUCUCUGCACCAACGACUGGGUCCACCUGCUUUCAAUGCCAUAAUGAAGAAUGCCAAAUAUCUUGUUUUCAGCUGAUCAAGAGACACAUUCCCCCCUCGUCAGUGCACCUUUUAGAUUAAGAGUCUUAAUCCGCUUUAUUCUCGCGUUCAAUCUUUUGCUUUGAUUCCUUUCAGACGGCCUUUUCUGUCUGACAGACCAGUGUUACCACGUUCUCCUCGUCCACUGGGAAUCAGUGGGGUGUCUCGGUGUGCAGUAGUUCCACUGAUUGACAACAUUCACACACGCGCACACACACACUCAUCACUCAGUCUUAAUUACUUCUGGUUGUCUUUUUUCCGCAGCCUUCAAGUUCUCAUGUCGUACACGGCUGCCUCCAACGUGUUUGUUGUCACUUGGACGCAAAAACGCACACAGACGUAGCAUAGAAUCAUGAUUCUGAGAAGCUAAAAUAUCCUUAUUGGCGUGGUUUGGAUCAAAAUGCAGGUCCUCUGUAACCCAUCGGGUCUCUGUGCUGCUUGGACCUGAUCUGAGAGGUGGCGUUACACACACGACUACACUUUGUUUGAUGCUAGGAAGGAGCACAUGAAGGUUCUCCAUGAAGUUUUCCAUGUAGUGUUUCUCAAGACUGACUGAUUGCUUGGAUAUUUUCAAACGGGCAUUACCUGCGUCGUAGUUUGCUUGCUCUCAGUCUUCUUCAUCUCUGCCUUUUUUGUGAAAUAUUAGUUAACUGCCACCAGAAACUCUGGCAGGAGUGUGUGAUGGUUGUAUAAGAUUAUCUCUGUGGCACCGCUCGUGGUCCAAACCUCCACAGGGUACCUUCUUAAUAUAAGGUUAGGACUUGGAAGUGACUUGUGUGAUUUUUACAGACCUUUUGGAUUAUGAUACACUUGAGCUUUACAUGCGGGUGUAUCUCAUUGCAGUGUUCUUUCAGGUCGCAUUUGACUAUCUAGGUAACAAAAAUAAUAACUUUGGAAUAACUAAUUUGGGAAAAAAAAAUGUAUUUCAUUGUUUGUCAUUUUUACACCUCGUUAUGUUACAAUAAUGGUCAUCAGUGAUCUAAAACAGUGGUUAAACAUUUCAGUAUCCAGCUGAGAAGAACAAACGGGAUUCCUGACAUCACAUUUGGUGCCAAUAUAUACAGUUUUAUAUCUAUAUACAUAUAUAUAUAUAUAUAUAUAUAUAUAUAUAUCUAUAUAGAUAUAGAUAUAUAGAUGUGAAGCACUCUUGCAGGCGUAUAUUCCCUUGUAGAAUUAGAACUUGGUUGACUUGCACUUGGUUUGUUAACUGACGGUAAAACAUUUCACACAGAUCUGUAAUCGACUGGACUAAUGAAGUGAACUCGCUUUCAUCCACGAAGCUUUUUCCUUGUUGAUGUUACACUUUCACGACACAGCACAUGGGAAGAAUGAAGGCUUUACUAUUGUUGUGCUUAUUAUCUACAUGUUCAUUCAUUUGAUUGAAAAAAUAAACAUGUUGUGACAUUGA